AUGAACGAUGCGAGGGAGAACAAGGAUCCGGGAACCGAGUGCAAGACGCACGACAAAACCGAUGAGGACUCUGGCAAUAAGCCCGGCAGCAAGAAGCCCCCGGCGAAGGGCUUUGAAGACAUCGAUAGUGAUGGUGAGGGGGCGUUUAGCAGAUUCUCGUCGCUUCAAAGAGAAUCGUUAGGCAUCUCUUACCUCGGUCCGCACCGUCUCCCGUCGCUGCCCCAGCGACGAGCGAAAGCUGCGCGAAGGCUCAUGCAAACAAAGGCCUACGCCGAGUUGAUCGAAGAGAGAAUCCUGGAGCUCGAGCGUAAGGUCCAAAGCCUCUCCAACGACGAAACUCCCCUGGUCGAAGCCGGCAGGUCUAAACGCGACGUCCCUACGCUGUUGCAAGCCGUUCCCAUGGGGUGGAGCGAGUUCAACAGCCGCGCCAACUUCAACGUCAGCCGGAAGGACUAUCCGGGAUAUUGGCCGCAUCGCCCAGAACUCGACGAUGCGUCGAAGCCCGUCAUUGAGAUACUCACCGAGGAGCCACGCUACGGCAGCUUCCCAACCGACUUCUACAGCCACCCCUCGGAUGUGACGAAGUUGCAUUGCGUCCGCCACGUGCCGUCACCUUUGGAAAACCAGCAUUCGCUAGCUGAGCCGUAUCGCAUCCGGAUCCGGUCAAAGCUACUUCUCAAGCUCAUCAAGCAGCUCACCGGAUGCAACGUUCUUCGUGGCCCUCACGAGCAUCGGCUGCUAAUGUUGCGACCGUUCAAGCUGCUGGUGCGCUUUGCGGAGGACAUACGAAAACAUGCUCAAGAUCUGGCCGAGGGGAUCAAUAAUGGGAGGCCGGUGCCCGAGAUGAAGUCACAGGAAGCGAUCGACCAGCUCAACUUGCUGACGGACACGAUUAACAAGUACCUGUCCCACCCACUCAGCUUGCAGAAGAGCAUCGACCACAGAGUCACCAAGAUCGCCUUCAGCCAGUUGUGGUACUUCUUCAAACCCGGGUAUGAAGUCCGGACCCCCAGGGAUUCUCAGAUACAACUGUACCGCAUUGCCAAGGUGACAGGAGGACGAGACCCAGUCAGCCUGACACCGCAAGAGCGUGCCAUGCAGGUGGUCCCGGGUGAAGACAUCAAUCGCGCCUCCACAAAGUUCAAGGACGAUGGAUACUCUGAAGGUUCCUUCAUUAUUGAGUGCUUCUACAUUCAUUAUGACGGCACCAGGUUUGGCCCGGUCAAUGCAUCAUUCCAGAUCCGCAAGUUCGACGGUGAACGCGACAUCACAGCCUUACCAGUUGUACCUCUCCAGUGGUACGAAAAUAAAGAUGAGAUACGCAAGAGGCUGCUGGAGCGUGGCGAUAAGUUCAAGCAACUUUCCCAUCCCAAGGAGAGAGCGCAUCGCCGGUACAAAGGGCUGACGCUAGACAAGAACCCAGAACAGGUUGAGUCCGAAGUCAUCAUCGACUUCGAGCUCGCUUUCAUUCAGACCAAGAUCGACAAGCCCUCUCUCGGACUGCAGGACAGGUUGGUAUCAGACAACAUGCGCGAGCUGAGGGACAGCGUGAAGACGAUGCAUCCCAUGUGCGAGCAAGCCGGCUGCUGUGGAAACGAUAUCACCUUUAACGACUAUGAGGUGGACGAGCUCGAGCGCAACGAGUUCAGGGACAAGGACCGGGACCUCUUUGAUACCAACAUCGAGGAUCCGAGCCUCUUGAAGUCGAAACACAUCAUUCUCUUGCCGCCUCAUGUGUACGGCUUCGUCCUCAGGACGAGGCGUUGGGCGACCUUUGAUAUCGAUCUUCUCAAAGAGAUACCGCGCAACGAAGAUGCGUGGGAGAACCUAGUCAUCGACCCCGACAUCAAAAAAACGGUUCUCGGGCUGGUUACAAACCAUGAACGGCAAGCGGAUGCCGAGAAGAUGAUCAACGGCGGAUUGUCCUCGGUAGACUUGGUCCCGGGCAAGGGAAGGGGUCUGAUCAUCCUCCUCCACGGUGAGCCUGGGGUGGGCAAGACGAGCACUGCCGAAUGCGUAGCUGCCUAUACGAAGCGCCCUCUGUUCCCAAUUACGUGCGGUGAUAUUGGCGACAAGGCCGAGGCGGUCGAGACGAACCUGGAGAAGAACUUCCAGCUUGCCCACAAGUGGGGAUGCGUCCUUUUGCUUGACGAAGCCGACAUCUUCCUAAGCGCACGCAGCGAAGAGGACAUCCAGCGAAACGCUAUCGUGUCCGGUGCUACUACAGUGUAUGGCAUUUUGUUUCUGACGACCAACCGAGUCGGCAAGAUCGACAGAGCAUUCAAGUCGCGCAUCCACGUCAGCCUUCUAUACAAGAAGCUGGACCUAAAGCGAACUCUCCGAAUCUGGGACAAUAACCUAAAAAUGGUGAGGGAAAAGCUCGGCAUUGCUUCUAACAAUACGGAGAUCAUGGAGUUCGCCAAGGACCAUUAUAAACGGCUCAAGCGCUCGCCGGAUCUCGUCGUGUGGAACGCAAGACAAAUCCGGAACGCCUUCCAAACCGCCGUCGCCAUCGCUGCCUACGAGUCCUACGGCGCACACGGGAACAGCGGCAACACGGGCUUGCUGGGCACCGUCCUCGAAGCGUCGCAUUUCGAGAAAGUUGCCAAGAGCGCCGUACAGUUCGAUCGGUAUCUCAAGCAGGCGAGCGACCGCACCGACCCGGAACACGCGAAGGAAUUUAAUGAAAGAGAUGACGAGUAUAUGUCGCAAGACGAGGAAGGGAAUUUGAAGAAGCAGCCAAAGAAACGGUCCAGGGGCGGAAGUCGAAGUAGACGAAAGUCUAACAAGCGCGAUGAGUCGAUGACCGAGGAUUCCGAUGAUGAUUCGGAUGACGGUAAGGGGAGAAAGGGGGACAAGGAGUCAUGGGAAGUCUCGGAUUCGGACUCGGAUUCGGACUCGGAGGACGAGAAGGCUCGACGGCAGUCAAAGAAGAGAAAGAGGGCGCGCAUGUAG